CUAACAAACUAACUAAUCAUGUUUUCAUCAAAGAGUAAUCAUUUAAAUAUAAUCUAUAAUUCUUUAAAUACCAAAUGUAGAUCAUAAACUUCUAAAUAUGAAGUGUUUAAUUUACAGCGUUAGUUUUGAGUGUUUUUUAACAGGUGAUUGAAGACCAUUAACUCUUGUUAUUCUUUUCUUACAGAUGGAGUUUAUUAAAGAGGAGACUGAAGAUAUGAAGAUAAUUAUUAAAGAUGAGACUGAAGACAUGAAGAUUGAAGAUAUUGAGGAACAAACAGAUCUAACAGCACUGACAGAGGCUAGCCAUGAACUUAAUGAAAGGGAAGAAGAGAAAAAACAUAAUGAUAAACAUGAUUUCAUGACUGGGGAAAGGUCUACGCUGGCUAAAAAGACUUCCUCACGAAACAGAGUUCAAAAGACCGGAACUAAAAGAUAUUUCACCUGCCAACAGUGUGGAAAGAGUUUUGAUCAACAUAGAAACCUUCAAGUCCACAUGAGAAUUCACACUGGAGAGAAACCUUUUUCUUGCCGGCAAUGUGGAAAGAGUUUCAAUCAAAAAGGAAACCUAAAAGUCCACAUGAGAAUUCACACUGCAGAAAAACCUUACUCCUGCCAACUGUGUGGAAAGAGUUUCAUUCAAAAAGUAACCCUUAUAACCCACAUGAGAAUUCACACUGUAGAGACCCCAUUCGCCUGCGUACAGUGUGGACAGAGUUUCAGUGAAAAAGGAAAACUUGAAAUCCACUUGAGAAUUCACAAAGGAGAAAAGCCAUACACCUGCAAAGAGUGUGGAAAGAGUUUCACACAAAAAGGAAGCCUUAAAUACCACAUGCGAAUUCACACUGGAGAAAAGCCUCAUACCUGUCAAGAGUGUGGAAAGUGUUUCCGUUAUAAAGGAAACCUUAAGGUCCACAUGAUAACUCACACUGGAGAGAGUCCAUUCACCUGCCAACAGUGUGGAAAGAGUUUCAGUGAAAAAGGAAAACUUGAAAUCCACAGAAGAUCUCACACUGGAGAAAAGCCUUACACCUGCCAACAAUGUGGAAAGAGUUUCAGUGAGAAAGGUAACCUUACAGCACACAUGAGAAUUCACACUGGAGAAAAGCGUCAUACAUGUCAAGAGUGUGGAAAGGGUUUCAGACAAAAAGAAAAACUUGAAAUCCACAUGAGAAUUCACACUGGAGAAAAGCCUUACACCUGUCAAGAGUGUGGAAAGAGUUUCCGUUAUAAAGGAAACCUUAUAGUCCACAUGAGAACCCACACUGGAGAGAGCCCAUUCUCCUGCCAACAGUGUGGAAAGAGUUUCAAUGUAAAAGGAAGCCUUGAAAGACACAUGAGAAUUCACACUGGAGAAAAGCCUCAUACCUGCCAACAAUGUGGACAGAGUUUCAGUCAAAAAGGACACAUUAAAGACCACAUGAGAACUCACACUGGAGGAAAGCCUUAUACCUGCACUCUGUGCGGGAAUGGCUUUACACGGGAACAAAUCCUUAGGGAACACAUGAAUAUUCACACUGGAGAGAAGCCUUUUACAUGUGAUCAAUGUGGAAAGAGUUUCGCACAUAAAUUGUCACUUUAUUUUCACAUGAGAAUUCACACUGGAGAGAAGCCAUACACAUGUGAUCAGUGUGGAAAGAGUUUCGCACAUAAAUCGUCACUUUAUUGUCACAUGAAAAUUCACACUGGAGAGAAGCCAUUCAUGUGUGAUCAGUGUGGAAAGAGUUUCAGAUUUAUAGGUAACCUUAGGGACCACAUGAGGAUUCACUCGAAAGAGAGCUGUUUUAGAAGUCAUCACUCUGGAAAGAGCAGAGGUGUAAAGAAUACUUGAAAACCAUUCUUGAAUAAAAGUAGAUACCUUAUCUGCCUCAACUCCUAAAUCAAACGCCUGCAAUUCACAACUAACUGCUAAUGCAUUUACGUAAAGUAGCCUUGUUGGCAAGUUUGGGUGAGUAAAGGCUAUGGGGGUAAAUUGAUGCCAAAACCAUUGGAAAUGGACAGACUAAAAGUCACAAAUAGAUAUUACAACUUGUAAACAAAAAACACAAUCUACAAAUAGAUAAAUCCGCAAACAAAGUCCUCAUGAUCCGCAAAUGUAAAACAAGAUCUACAAAUAGAUACAAAGUCCUCAAACAAACUCUUUGUGAUCCACAAAUAUAAAGCAUGAUCUACAAAAAGAUUAAAAAUCCACAAAUAAACACAUCCUGAUUCACAAAUAGAAAUCAGUGACUUGUACUUGAAAACCAGAAUAUGAAUGAAUUUAAAGUUACUUGUUUGCAGGUGAAGAUCAUGUUCUGUUUGUAGAUUGUGUCACAUUUGUUUUCAUAAUUCUGACAUUAUUGUUUCGCUGUUGUGACAAAAUAAUGCCAUAAUCAUUGAAAAUGAAGAGACUAUGAGUCAAAAAUGCACAUUACAAUUUGUAAACACAAACAAGAUCUACAAAUAAAUUUAAAAUCUGCAAAUGUAAAACAAUCUGUAAAUAGAUUCCAAAUCUGCAAACAAACUCCUCAUGAUCCGCAAAUGUAAAACAAAAUCUACAAAUAGAUAAAAAAUCCACAAACAGACUCUUCAUGAUUCACAAAUAGAAAUCAGUGACUUGUACUUGACAACCAGAAUUUGAAUGAAUGCAAAGUGAUUUGUCUGCGCAUGAGGGUCAUUUUUAAUUGUAGAUUGUGUUGCAUUUGUUUUCAGAAUUUUGGCACAGCUGUUUCACUGUUUUUUUUUUUUUCAUUAAAAAAUCUACAAAUGCCCUCCUCACAAUUGGCAAACAAACACGGUCUAACUUGUAUUUUCAAACCACUGUAAAAAGACAUUCAUACACAUUCUGUGCAAAGCUCAGCAUGCAAGUGUUGAAUCUGUGUUUGCAGAUCACAGGGCAUUCACAGAUCCCUCUGCACACAUCUACAGAUCUUUUUGGCACUAUGGCCGUUUCUCAAAACCAAGUUCGCAAACUUCGGACUCGCGUCCUUGGUAGUUGGGACUUGGCAAGUUCGACUCAGGAGAACAAACUCCCGUGGACGGGAGAACACAAGUCCGGUGAUUCUGCAAAUGGAACAGCAGCGUACUUGAUAACGUCACUCAGCUCGCUCUGGCUUCUCCGGUUAUCUCUGCAUGUAUCUUUUAGCCAACAAUAAAACGAAAUUUGUUAUAAAACACCACUCUGCUUCUUUUCAUUUUAUUUAAAAAACAAACAAAAACAUAUUAAUAGUCUCAGGCAACGAGUGAUUGAUUAUCUGCAAUGUCUGCAUAUAUUUAUAACAAAACGAAAUA